CAAGUAUUUCUCGAAGUGGACGAUCACAGCAAAGAUUUGUAGAAAAUAUGAAUACAACCAAAAUACUUUCACCUGACAUCAUAUCUAUAAUACAAGAUUCUAAUUUCUGGCAUGACAAGGUGUUUGCUAUGAGCCAAUUGCGUGGCGAUAUAUUAAGCAAGCGAAAACGUAACGAAGCUGAAGAGGCUGAACAAAAACAUAAAAGAAUCCGGCUUGCAACUCCUAUUCAACCUUACAAUUCUGAUAACCAAGGCACUACACAAGAAGAAUUAACAAGCGACAAUGAGGAUAAUGAUUUGUUUGUUUCUGAAAAUUCACAGUUAAAUGAAAUCUCUCAAACGACAGAGGUUACGGCUGAAGAUGUAAACAAUGAUCCUGACAUUUUUAGCAAAGAGAGUUGGUUAAAUGUGGUGGAAAAUUGGACUAAUACUGUAGAUGAUGAAGAUAAUUUCGAUCAGAAUGAAUCUUCAAGUAAUGAAACACUUGAAUUUGAAUUAGGUGGACGUAUUACUCAUCCAGCGGAUGAUCCGUUGGCAAAAUGGAAUUUAUUGAAUUUAUUCAAUGAUUCUUUAGAAGCACCCGUUUCAUUCGCAUUUUAA